ACACAUCUUGAAGAUACGGAUCCCUAAUUCUUUAAUACACGUUUCUGCGAUUUCUUGUCGGUUUGCGGGUAUCUCUGAGAGGCACAUGAAGAAGAAGCGGAACCAGGGGGAGGGGAAAGAACGUAUCCCUGCUAUCAAGUGUACCAAAGAGGAGGACGUUGAAAGUGGUUGGAUGCUCGCGGAGAAGAGGAAGGAACCCAGGGCGCGUUGAAUAGGUCGAGCUAUGCAAAUUGCAGAUUAAUACGAUCACGGUGAUGGCAGUUGAG